AUGACAGAAUUCACCCUCCCCAAAUCCCGCCCCUAUGGCUUCACCUUCCCCCUCAACCAUACAGCACUGCUCAUCAUCGACAUGCAACGCGACUUCCUCGACGAGAAUGGCUUCGGCUCAGUGCAAUGCGGAAACCCCGAGAUCUUCGCCUCCGUGCGAAAGAUUGUCCCCGUUCUUCAACGCGUCCUGCACCGAUCCCGCGAACUCGGAUUGCAAAUCAUCCACACGCGCGAGGGGCAUAGAGCGGAUCUCCUAGAUCUCCCUGCAGCCAAGCGGCUCCGCCAAAUUAGUGCGCCCGAUGGCCAUCAUGAUUUGGCGAUUGGGGAUCUGGGUCCGAUGGGGAGGUUGCUUGUAAGGGGGGAGUAUGGGCAUGAUAUUAUUGAUGAACUAGCACCGAGACCGGGCGAGCUUGUUAUUGAUAAGCCCGGGAAGGGGAGUUUCUGGGGCACGAGCCUUCACCGGGAUUUGCUUGCGAGGGGGAUUACACAUCUGCUUGUUGCGGGGGUGACGACGGAGUGCUGUGUGACGACGACGAUUCGCGAGUGUAAUGACCGCGGAUUCGAAUGCUGUCUCUUGUCUGACUGCACUGAUGGCUUCGAUGCACAGAUGGUCACGACGGCGAUGGAUACCAUCUGUGCUCAAGACGGGCUGUUUGGGUUUGUUGGGGACAGCUCUGAUUUUCUGGAGCAGACGGCGAAUCAUACCCCAGCGGAUCUCGCACUACCAGAGGGUGUCUUGCCCUCGAUUUCACAGCUAGUACGGAAAUACCGCGAGGGAGCUGAGGACCCCAUCCACACCGUGAACAUGGUCUAUGACCGGAUCGAACAAUACAAGGAGACAGAUCCCGUAGUGUGGACACACAUCCAGAGCAGAGACGAUGUUAUCGCAACCAUAGAAUCCCUUGCGGCGCGGUACAAAGACAACAAACAUCACAUGCCCCCACUAUUCGGGGUCCCGUUUGCAGUUCAGGAUAGUCUAGAUGUUGCAGGCAUCCCCACUACCGCCGCCUGCGCUGGCUCGUACACACCCAACGCUGCAGCACCAGCCGUCCAGGUCCUUCUUGACGCUGGCGCCAUUUUCAUCGGCAAGCUGUGGUCUGAUCAGCUUGCUGUCGACUUCCUUGGCUGUAGCUCCCGCCCAUCAUCCGGUGCUGCAGUCGCAGUCGCCGCUGGUCUGGUCCCAUUUGCACUGGCGACCGAUACCACAGGGGAGAGCCUCCUCUCCGGAGGCCGUAACGGUGUCACCACACUCAAGACCACAAAAGGCACCAUCUCAACCAAGGGCAUCGUCCCCGUCUGUCCUAGCCAGGAUACAAUCUCAAUCAUGGCGCGGAAUGUUGACGACGCACGCGCCGUCUGGCUGCAAAUCCAAAAGGCCGAUAAUACCCAUGAGCCCUACGCGAAGCCAUUUGCCUCGCUACCGACGUGGCACAUUGAUGCUCGAGAUCCACGACCAUGGAAGAGCAAAUUCCGCUACGCUGUUCCGCCAGCGUCGUUGGUUGAUGAGGGCUUUUCAGAUGCGCAGCGAGAGCUGUUCAACACCACCAUUGACAAGUUGCGAGAGUGCGGCGGGAUGCUUGUUGAAAUUGACCACGAGCCCUUUGAAACUGCCCGCAAGCUUGUGGCUACGGAAAAUGGAACGAGCCUUCUGGUGCUUGAACAUAUCGCCGCUAUUGGUGCCCAGUUUAUCCCAGACAGCCUCUCUUCCCUGCAUCCCAGAUUGCAGCAGAUGUACGAGCACCAUCUCUCCACGCCCCUGGAGCCUUGGGCAAUCUUUCAGGCGCAGGGUCGCCAGGCGGAAUGUGUACGGAAAGUGCAGGAGUUGUUCAAUCCGCUGAACCCAGCUGGGAUUGAUAUCCUGGUUGUUCCGAGUGCACCUGCUCAUAGUACCCUCUAUGAGCCGGGGACGGAGGCAGGAACCGAAAACGUCUACUCUCCAGCUGGGCAGUUGGCACGUUUUGCUAAUCUCUUGGACCUCUGUUCUGUGGGGUUCAAUGCGGAUUUGACACCGGGAUCAGGGCCUGGUCCUGAUCUUCCUUUUGGAGUCAGCUUCCUGGGCGGAAUGGGUUAUGAUGCCAAGGUUAUGGAUCUGGCGCGGUGUUUUGAAGACGCGAAAGGAGCAAGUAUCUGGAUAAACGGAGUAAAGCCUGAAAGAGUAGCUUAUCGUGCAUAA